AUGCAAAGAAAAGGUAACAAAGAUCGUUCUAUGAAUGUAAAUGAAGACGGAACAAGAUUAGAAGAAGCAGAAGAAUAUGGAUACUUAGGGCAGUGGAUAGCAGACGGCAAGUGUAUAAAGGGAAUUUUAAGGAUUAGCUGGAAGGAUCAUGUCACAAAUGAUACGGUUGAAGAACGGUGGGCUUUACCUGAAGUCAUAGCUAGUCUUGUUAUUGAAGGUAUCAUCAAGGGAGCUAGAGGCAGAUCGAAGAAGACACUGGAUCAACAGAUGACACAGCAACGCGUCCAAGUCCAAGUCCAAGGACACAGCAACCGCGUCCAAGUGGACGCGUCCAGUGACACAGCAACCGCGUCCAAGACACAAGCAACCCGCGUCCAACAACGCGCGUCCAAGUACACAGCAACCGCGUCCAAGUGUCCAAGUGACCCAACCGCGUCCACAGGGACACCAGCAACCGCUCAAACAACACACCCGCGUGACACAGCAAGUGACACAGCAACCCGCGUCCAGGUGACACAGCAACCGCUGACACAGCAACCAAGUGCAACCGCGCCAGUGACACAGCAACCGCGUCCAGGUGACACAGCAAACCGCCAAGUCCACACAGCAACCGCGUCCAAUCCACAGCAACCGCGUCAAGUGCCCACAGCAAACCGCGUCCAAGACACAUGCCCGCCCACGAUGAAAUUGGAUUUGCUCCACCGCACGGUCCUUGAGGUCGAGCGGAAGCACGACCUCCCAACGAACGUCUGCGGAGGAGCGAGGCGCACGACCUUCACGUCCAACGACGCGACCAGCCACUUGCCUUCCACACGGCCGCCAGCAGACAUGGGCGACAUCACUCGCGCCGUCGGCCGCUCGGGCCGCAGGGCGAAGCCCAAAGCCCAGGACUCGCUCACGGCCCUCAUCUGCCAGAAACUCAGGGAAAGCGGACAGGACGACGAGUUCCUGCAGAGCGUCAUGGCCGCUCUGCACGACCUCGGGGAGGAGCUGCGCAGGUGUCCCUCCCGCAAGGCGUCCGUCAAGCUGGUCCGCCGCACGCUGUCGAGGGCGCUCGCCGAGGGGAGGAGGGACCAGGACGCGGCGGGGGGCGCGCAGGACCACCAAGGAGCGAGGCCGGAGGGACUCGUCGCCGCGGUCGGCCAGCUGCUGCAGGAGGAGCUCCAGGGAGAGGAGUUGGAGGGAAGAGAUCUAGAACCGGAGGAAGCAAAGGAAGAAGAGGCACAGAGAGUAAAUGAGGCAGAAGACGGACUCGAGUGCGGAGAGGACGUUCCCGAUCACAGGGGGACGACAGGACCACGACCUCGGAAAGACGACCAAGACAACACUUCAGGAGGACAGCAGUUGAAGGAAGAUAGCAACGACGCUCUUCCUCCGAUGAUCAUUAGCGAAAAUAAGAUGAUCGACGACACAGGAGGAAACCCCCAGGAGGCGACCCUCCACGGCGUUCAGAUCGAGAGGCUCUUCCCUCAGAGAAGGAACUCCCUUUCGCACUUCUACGGGGAGGAAGACCGGGAGAUCACGUCCGUCAGACUCGUCAUGGAGAGAAACAAGUGCGCUCUCUACAAACUCGAAGGCGAAGUUCACACCAAGCUGGGAGUCUUCCACGCCGACCACUUGAAAAAGCUCAAGAACGGCUUCAAAGUGACCUUGGAGACCCAGAUGACCUCAGAUGACGUCGACGGGGGCAGGCGACCCAAGAAGAAAACCAAGAGGCAGAGAGAGGCGUCUUCGGUGAUACUGACGGUUCCACAGGAGCAGCAGGAGGAGUGCAUGAACCUCUUAUCUCGGAUGCGAAAGACAUUGCCUGGAAUCCUCUUCGGAUCUUCAGGAUUUUGACCUCAAGAAAAUCGUGCACAUCCGAUUCAUUACAAAACGUGUUUAAGAAACCACCACCUUCAUGUGUUUUCUCAUAUUGCUUGUAUAUAUUUGCCA